GCGCAAGGCAAGAGGCGUAGAGCGUUCAGCGAAUCUGGGGACUUUUGGGAGUGGUGUCUCUGACGAAGGUGGGCCCACAUCUCUAGGCUCCAAACCCCUCUCGCCGCCGGCGACUAUGCCCGUGGCGAUCCCGUCCUCCUCCACCGCCGCCGCCGCCGCUGUCGCCCAUCUCCGGCGACGCAUCCACCGCCUCUCUUAUGUCCCGGUCUCUCCCUCUGCUACUCCUCCAUUCCGCGCUCGUCUCCAAGCCCGCACCAUCUAGGCUCCUCUCUUCCUCCUCCUCCUCCGCCGCCGCCGCCGCCAUCGCCGCGGCCUCUUCUGGUGCCCGAGUCGGCGGGGGGCAUGGGAUCGUCUCCGCGGUGCUGGAGAUCGUGGGCCCCAUCGAGCUCCUCUUCCCGUCCUCCGAGGCGCGCCUCUACGUGCGCCUCCUGCGGCGCUGCGCGCGCGACGCUCUCGCCGCGGGCGCGGGCGCCGUCCACGGGCACGUCCUCAAGCGCGGCUUCGCAUCCGUGUCGCUCGUGUCCAACGUCCUGAUGGACACUUAUGCCAAAGGCGGUCUCAUGGCUGCCUGUCGCCACCUGUUCGACGAAAUGCCGAACAAGGACAUCGUGUCAUGGUGUACCGUCAUCGCGGCGCACGCCAGCCGCGGGCACUGCUUCGAGGCCAUUGGGCUGUUCAAGGAACUCCUGUCUUCUGAGGUGAAGCCAAAUCGGUUCGUCAUCUCAUCGGUGCUGAACGCCUGUGCUCGGUCUGGUGUCAUAGAACAGGGGCUCAUGGUUCAUGGAAUGGUGGUCAAGUCUGGAUUGGGUGCUGAUAGGUUUGUGGAGGUUGGAUUCGUUGAUAUGUAUGCGAAAUGUGGCAAUGUUGGCUAUUCAUUCAGGAUGUUCAAUGGAAUUCCGGUGAAGAGCUCAGUUGCUUGGAAUGCAAUGAUUUCAGGUUUUGUUGAGAAUAACUGUUUCAUGGAUGCCGUGGAGCUUUGUCAGGAUAUGCAUCGAGUUGGCAUGGCAAUGGAUGUGGUGACAUUGAGGGUAGUUGCUAGCGUCGCUGCUAUUCUGGGAGCAUUUGAGCUUUCUAGGAACAUUCAUGUUUAUGCACUUAAAGCGGGGUUGGGAAGAGACUGUUUUGUUGUGUCUGAACUGAUCAAGUCAGCUGGGAAGGCAGGUGAGACUCAGUACAUCAAAAAGCUUGUUCCUGCAGUUAGAAGGCAUGAUGCGUCUUUGUAUUCUUUGGCAAUCUCAGGUUAUCACUCAAAUGGUUGUCAGGGUGAAGCUGUGAAACUCGCAGAGGUUCUUCUUUAUUCGGGUCUCAAUUUAAGGGAAGGGGAUUUGGUUACUGUGAUAAAUAUCUGUCAGACCAAAGAGGAAGUUCAACAGAUGCAUGCUUAUACUUUCAGAACUGGGGAUUUAUCUUAUACUAAUGUUUGCAAUUCUCUUAUAUCGAUAUACUCUGAAAUUGGAUCGUUGAUUCACGCGGAAUCAAUCUUUAAAACUAUGCAAUCCCGAGAUGUCAUAUCAUGGACUGCAGUCAUGGCAGGCUGUGUCAAGAACCUACAAUAUGAAAGAGCAUUUGGUUAUUUUUUAGAGUUAAGAAACUCUGGAGAACCAUUAGAUCAGCACUGUGUUGCUAAUCUAAUAAAUGCCUGUACAGGACUUGAAGACAUGUACAAGGGAAAGCAGAUUCACUCUUUAGCUCUUAAACUUGGGCUACUUGUUGAUUUCAUCAGUGCAUCCCUAGUAAACAUGUAUGCAAAAUGCCAUCACAUUGAGUGGGCUUCUCAGUUAUUCUCUAGCACAUUAUUUCCACGAAAUCUAGUGAUAAUCAAUGCCAUGAUCUCUGGAUAUUGCUGGAAUUCACUGCCACAGAAAGCUCUUCUACUCUUCUGCAGAGAAUAUCGUUCUGGUCUGCGUCCUGAUCAUUUCACCUUCUCAACUGUUCUUGGGGCAUGUGCUGAUAUAGGAGCAAAGGAGGCUGGUGAGCAAAUCCAUGGCCAUCUUGUGAAGAUUGGUUCUGAAUACUUGGAUGUUGUUGUUGGAAACUCUAUCAUAAACUUUUAUGUCAAGUGUGGGUGCAUUGCUAAUGCUUGUAGGUUUUUCCAUAGCAUGAGGAGUCGAAACAUCAAUUCAUAUGCAAUGUUGAUGUUGGGUUAUAUUCAAAAUAGAUGCAGUGAUGAAGCUCUUCAAUUUUUCUCCAUGAUGCAACAGAGUGGGUUGCGUGCAAACCGUGUUACCUUUGCAAGAAUCUUGAGGGGGUGUGCUGAUCUUUGUGCUAUUCAUUUGGGAAGGCAACUGCAUGCUUCCAUUAUAAAAAUGGGCCUGAUUUCUGAUGUAUAUGUGGCAAAUGCACUUGUAGGAAUGUAUAAAAAAUCUGAAGGUUGGGUGGAAUCAAAAAGAAAUUCUAAAGAAACUUUGGCUCCAGAACAGGAUGCCGAAGAUAAUUGCUAUUCAGAACAAAGAGAUAUAAGAAGCACACUUGAAGAAAUUGGAUUAUUCACAUUGGAAGAAGAGAAAGACAAAGAAACUUUUGCUGAUGAGCGGAAGGUCUACACUAGUGCUGCUUCUGUGUUUGGACGUGAUCUUAGGACCGAUUCUAUCAUUGGGAAUUGGAAGAAUGGCAGGUGCAAUGAAAGCGGGCAUUUGCUAAAUUACAAGAGUGCAGAAUAUCAGGAAAUUGGAGGUGAACCUUUUAAGUUGUUUGCAUUGUUACAGGAGGAUAGCAGAAGAUCUGACAAAUUUGUCCUGCUGGUCAUCACUGAUAAUAGUCACUUAAAGACGAAGGGUGCAGGUUUUAUUAAUGCAGAACUAGCGAGACGACCUGGUUUUGCACCAGCACUUGACUUUCCUCCUUGACAAACUAUAGUGCAGUAUGAGAACUACCGGAUCCAUAUUAUGCAGCAAAUCUGAAUUGUCAUGUUUACAUAUUGGAAACACAUGCAAGAAAACAAACUAUGAGUUUGCCUCAUAGUUGCAUCAGUAAUCCCCCCAAAUCAAUCAUUGAAUCUAUGAAUUUCACACGGUGCACUUCCUGGGACCAUCCAACUCAGUCUCUCUCUGCAUUUACAUAAAUGAUGUUUACAGCAUCUUUAAGCAAACCAAAUUCUGCUAUGAAGUUUUUUCAAAUGUUGGAUGGCCUAGGUGCAUGCAGGAUAGAUCAAGGAUGUUAACCAGGGAUGCCUACUCUUCAAAUAUUCCAAAGAGAGGGGAAGUAGUCUGGGAAAAAUCAGCUUAAGUUUUGAUCACUGAUGUACUAAUUACACUUGAAUGAAAUGAGUGCUACAGAGGGUGUGUUUAGUUCACGCUAAAAUUGAAAGUUUGGUUGAAAUUGGAACGAUUUGACGGAAAAGUUGGACGUUUGUGUGUGUAGGAAAGUUUUGAUGUGAUGGAAAAGGUUGGAAGUUUGAAGAAAAAGUUUGGAACUAAACAAGGGCAGAGUACAGAAGAAAUUCCAAGGAUAUGUAUUCUUUUUUUUCGUGAUUCUGCCCAUCGUCUGAAGGGUCUGACGAAGAUACAAGCUAAAGCAGCGCCAUCCAGUGAAACAACACCGUUUCCUUUUCUGUAUGUCUGGAGCAAGAAGUAUCAAACUGUUUUCCUUUCAUAUAAUCUUUACUCCUGCGCACCUUAUUUUUUGGCUGGUGCGACAUGAAAUAUACUGAUACUAACUUGAUACUAACUUGAAGCCAUUAGUUGUCCAUAACUCCAUAUAGAACCUGAGCUAGAGGCUAAAGCCUAGAGGUUUAGUGACUUCUGUACGAGGUACCAUACGGUAUAUCCUGGAUUCAUUCCAUGUUCAGCUGUAGGAUAUCCUUCAGAAAUUAGUUCGACCAAUAAUGCUGGGAUCUCCCAUUUAUCAGUCACCAAUCCUGCUAACCCAGAAAUUCCUUCGGCUGCUACUUUCAUCAUCCAUCGACAUUAGAAAAAGGCAGAUCCAUCAGGACGUGCAUUUGACAAUUUGGCCCUGCUUCAGGCUGAAACUGAUUGGUCCCAUCAACUUGAUGAGGUUAUGAAAUUUCAAGAUGUGAUCCUGAACAAGAUUGGGACAUCAAACUUCUGUAGCAUUACAUCCAACAGGAGCUAUCAACUACCAAGUGACUUUUUUUUUUUUUUGCCACCAUCAGUUCAGUGGAGUAGAGGAGUCCGCCUCAUGCAGAUGUUAUCUUACUGUAGUUAUACUGAUUUUAAGUUGCCAAUUUUGCCACAUCUUAACUACCAUGCUGUAGACUACUAUGAAGUCUGGACACCCCGGCAACUUCAAUUUUGCUGUAAUGACAAGAGGAGCCCUGCGUUUCAUGUGAAUUUGAUGAUUUGAUCAAUGUUUUUACCUGUGACUACUGCAAAUGAAUGGAACAAGAAACGCACGUCUUCAAAUUU